AUGUGUGUUUACUGGCUUCCUCCAGAAUAUUUUUAUGAAAUUGAUGAUGAAAACCAAAGUGAAGAAAAUCAAAUGUAUAAAGCAAUUGAAAAUCGUCCCAUGGGAUUUCACGCUAAACAAUUACUUCCUAACUCAACACAGGAAGCUCUUCUAGAACUUUCACUUUAUGGAAAUGUGGUAUUCAAAUUACCAAGUGAAAUGAAUGUAGAAAUGCCAGUACAUUUAAAUCCAUCACCCAUAAACAUUUCAAAUGACAUAAAUGAAAGAUCAAAUGAUACAAAAAUUAUUCAAAUUAAUGAAAGUCCAGAAAGUUCAAAGAUUUUAGUGAACGAAAAACCAGCAAAGUCUGAAGUUCUAAUAAAGCUUAUAAGUAAAACUAAUCGAAUCCAAGUAAAACCUUUAGAUAAUUUUGAACUUU